CCUACAGGAAGCUGUUUAUGUUCAUGAACGCCGCGUCACUCUUGUCUAAAUUGAACCCGUUGGGUCGGAUGUAAUACAAAAAUGAACCCUUUAUUAUCACCUAUAAAGUUAUUUGUUUAUUUUAUUAUAUCGUUUGCGUGCAAUGAGAUCGCCUGGUGCAACAACGGCAGAAAGAUCGGCGACGUCCAAGAUGCUGAAUUUGGGGAUUUUUCCUUUCCUCUAGAGCAUUCCUUUGAAGUUGAUGACGUGGGGCGGUUCCGGGGACGUGGAGCGCUGCAGCUGAAAGCCGGCAAGGAUCCCGGAGUGACCCUGAGUCAGAACCAGCUGUCUCAAGAUGACAGAAUCAAGCUUAAAGAUGUGGCGGCGGUGGAUGGUCUGUACAGGAUCCGAGUGCCUCGGGUUUCGUUGCAAGCGGACAGGCAGAAUGAUCGGCAAAUAGACGGAUACCUUACCGCCUUUGUCAGAGCUUGUGCUAUGGUGGAGUCCCACUUGAGCGAUGUCAUUACGCUGCACACCGACGUGUCGGGCACACUGAUCGGCGUCUCCAUCGUCACGCUUCCCGGAGCCUGCAGGGGGACAGAGGUGGAGGAUGACGUGGACCUGGAGGUCUUCAACACCACACUCGCCGUCAUGGCACCUGUCAACGCGCCCGGACCCGAGACGGCGCUGUUCUUGGAGCGCAUGGAACAGGAAUCGGAGAAGAAAGGCAAGAAUCCCCAGGAGCAAAAGUCUUUCUUCGCUAAAUACUGGUAUUUGAUACUGGGAGGCGCCAUCUUCCUCAUGGCCUCAAAUUCGGCACAGCCCCCAGCAGGGGGAGGCAGAGAGCAGAGUUGACCCCCCCCCUCACUGGAAUGGAUGUACAUCGUGCCACUGGUUCUUUUCCUGAUGAUGUCCGGUGCUCAGGACCAAUCAGGUGGCGGCGGAGGUGGAGCAGCUAACGGCGGUGGACGAUAACCAGCCAAUAACGUUUUUGGGAGGGGUAGUGGGGUAUUCUCCAGUGAUCUGCUGUGAUUGUUCAUGUUUUGUUUUUAAGACUACUUUGAAGAGAUUAAUAAAAAUAUUUAUUAACUGA